CUCUCUCUCUCCACCAUGGCGCAUGUCCUCCGCGUCCCUAAGCUCGACCUCGUCGCCAUCCUCGCGCAGCAGAACCCACAGAUUGACCUGCGCAUUGAAGCCUAUGAGACCUCGACCCGCAACUUCCUCAAAGCCGUGUCACAUUACGCGCAGAACGCGCAAGCAGAGAUCACGCGCAGGAAAACCACCCAUAUAAAUGAGAAGAAGAGGACUGCAGAGAAGAUACAAAGCUAUGAGAAUGAAACACAUGCGUGCAAGGUCAAGGAGCUGGAGCUCAUUGCCGACUUGGAGAAGGAGCGGGAGGAGCGGAAAGAGGCAGAGCUAGCAGUUGCCGCUUUUGAUCGUCAACUUGCCUCCAUCAAGGAACAAUGUGCCUUACUGGACGCUGAGAUUGAACAACGACGCGUUGUUGUCAACAACCUCCGGCGCGAACGGGAGCGUGAGCACGCAUUGCUGAACACACACGCUUCAAGGACGUCUCCUGAGCUGACCGAGUGCCAGUUCCGCUUGCGCGGUGUCGUCGAGGGCGUAGACAAGGACAAGAUUCUCGUCCGUUUCACUCAUAUCGACCCUACAGAUCCUCAGCGCGAGUUCAGCGUCGUGAUCGACGUUUCUGGUGACAACUAUAAAGUCCCAACGACCAGUCCCUUCCUGCCAAAUCUGCCAAUAUUACUCGAUGAGCUCAAUAGUACAAGGGACGUGUAUGCAUUCAUCAAGAAUGUCAGGCAGGCGUUUGACGAGCUGGUGCUGAGAUAGCCCUAUGGUGCUGAGAUCCGAUCAUGUGCGUCGAUGACUUGGCUAACGAGAGCGUCGGGACAGUACAUGUAUACUUCCUCUGUACCCGAUACCCGUCCGCAGCAUAAUAUCCAUUGUAUCUGGAUUUGCCGAUGAACCACUAUACGGGGAGGUGAUAGGAGCUGCCAUCCGUCGUGGCGCUGUCUGGUGUGUAAUGAGCUCAUUCAGUUGUC